GAACCUUUCUGCCUCCAAAAUGUGCAAGUCCCAAUUACUGAGAUGCCUCAUCUUUCUGUGCUAUUUGAAGGUUUUCUCUGGGUCACUUCCAGGUGAUGCUAACAAACCUGGUAAAGUACUGGUUCAUGAAAAUAACAAUGUUGUGGAAAUUGUGCAGUGUAGGAUGUGCCACCUCAAGUUCCCUGGAGAAAAUUGCACCAGAGGAAGAGGAAUAUGUACUGCAACAGCAGAAGAGGCCUGUAUGGCUGGGAAAGUCUUCAAAAGGGAUGGUACCAUAUGGUUAAAUUUCAUGGGCUGCUUAAAGAACUGUGCUAAUGUGAAAAAAAUAAAAUGGGGCCCCUAUCUGGUGGACUUCAGAUGCUGCCGGGGCCAAGACAUGUGCAAUGAAAAUUUUUAAAUGCUUCUAUCUAUCUGUGCUCCAAGAUGUGGGUGAUGGGAUGGCCUCUCCACAAUGACCUCCUGAGGACAAGCCUGCAAAAAAGGUCUGCAAACGCGUGAUUCUGCCUUCUACAUGUCAGAGGGAAAGCACCCUUUUUCUAAAGUCCCUUCCUGUUUUGAAACCAAUAAAAAGUGAAAAAAUAAAACUUUUUUACCAAUAUCA